ACAGAAAAGAGAAGAGAGGGACAAGAGAGAAAACUGGAAAAGGUUCGGUUGUUCGGGAGUGCGAGUUAAGAAGUGAUCGAGGACAGACCGUUCAAGUUGGACGAUCGAAAGCGCAUAGUGGCCACGCGGGAACUGGUUGCUCGAUAACCUCUACGGCCAUUGCCCGCCGUUAAAGCGUAAAUUAUAAUCUGGGAGUUUUACUCCGUAAGUGCCAUGAAGAAUUCCAGACCGCCAGUGAGGUGAAGAGGCCAGAAGGCAUCCCUGUCACUCAAUCGAAUGUGUGCGACGCAAAUCCACCAGAGGCCAGAAGGCUUCCCUGCCACCCAAGCCCAUGUGUGCGAUGCAAAUCCAUCAGCAAAUCGAUUUCUAGUUGAGCGGGGGGUCCAAUUCCCACUAAUAUCCUGCGAGGAUCGGAAGAGAUCCGCUACGAUGCAAGUACCUCGGCCAAAGUUUCGGAACCCUCCCGACGGUGGACCUGCGGUGAUCAUAACCUCAACCGAUCAACCGGAGAAGUAUCUCGUUCAAGCACAACAAGCAGUUCUCUCCGGUGAACCACUGCCGGCCGUAAACGAGGUGAGCCCCAGACAUCAUAGCCAAGAUCUCCAGAUAGGCAAGCAACUCGUGCAUCCAGAAUCCUGUUGGUCGUCGAGUCCCAAAAACCAUAACCAGCAAGGCCCAGUCAAGCUACACGUGGCAGUCAAACGGCCCCGCCGGCCGUACCCUGCAAGUCGGAACCCUUCAAAUCUCAAGGCGGAUAUCCAGAUCCAGUGGCUCAUACCCCCGGGUAACAGGCAUGCAAUUGCGUCGAUAUUAUAUUGUUUUGUCCACCCUUCUUCGUCUUUUGUGUCGUUGAGUCCUCAAGCAGGAAGAUGGCGAACCCUGAGUAUCUCAAGCUUAGAGAGCUAGUUAGGGAC